GGAAAGCCGGGGCGCACCCGCGGGAGGAGCAGCGGCAGCGCCGAGCGGCGCCGGGAGCCGGGGGAGCACCGCCGCCGGGAGCCGGGGGAGCACCGCCGCCGGGAACCAGGGGAUCGCCACCGCCGCAGCGCGGAGCAGCGGGAAGAGCCCCUGUCGGCGCGGCCGAGAGGAGCCGCUGAGGCGGAGCCCGGCGAGCGCUCCCGCCGGAGGGAGCCGCCGGCGCCCUUCCCCCGGGAGGCUGCGCUCGCCCCCGGCCUUGCGGGGGAGCCGCCGCCCCGGCCUUGCGGGGGGACCGCGGGGGAGCCGCCGGCAGGGCCGCGGCGAUGAUGUCGGGGCAGUCGAUCACCGACCGCAUCACGGCGGCGCAGCACAGCGUGACCGGCUCGGCCGUGGCCAAGGCUGUGUGCAAGGCGACGACCCACGAGGUGAUGGGCCCCAAGAAGAAGCACCUGGACUAUCUAAUACAGUGCACAAAUGAAAUGAAUGUGAAUAUUCCACAGUUGGCAGACACACUCUUUGAGAGAACUGCAAACAGUAGCUGGGUUGUAGUGUUCAAAGCUCUAAUUACAACACACCACCUCAUGAUGUAUGGAAACGAGCGCUUUAUCCAGUAUCUUGCAUCCCGGAAUACUUUGUUCAACUUAAAUAACUACCUGGACAAAAGUGCCAUGCAGGGCUAUGAUAUGUCUACCUUCAUUAGGCGAUACAGCAGAUACUUGAAUGAAAAAGCACUUUCAUAUAGACUUGUAGCAGUUGACUUCACCAAAAUGAAAAGAGGGAUAGAUGGAGUGAUGAGAACUAUGAAUCCUGAAAAGCUUCUGAAAACCCUUCCAAUCAUACAGAACCAGCUUGAUGCACUCCUUGAUUUUGAUGCAAAUCCAAAUGAACUAACAAAUGGUGUUAUAAAUGCUGCCUUUAUGCUCCUCUUUAAAGAUUCCAUUAGACUUUUUGCAGCAUACAAUGAAGGGAUUAUUAAUCUUUUAGAAAGAUAUUUUGAUAUGAAGAAGAACCAGUGCAAAGAAGGCUUGGAUAUUUACAAAAAAUUUCUAGCCAGAAUGACCAAAUUGUCAGAAUUCCUCAAAGUAGCAGAGCAAGUUGGAAUUGAUCAGGGUGACAUUCCAGAUCUUACUCAGGCACCCAGUAGCUUGCUUGAGGCACUGGAACAGCAUUUGGCUUCUGUGGAGGGAAAGAAAACAAAAGAAGUCUCUGCUGCCAGCAGAGCUAGUGCCCUAUCCAGUGCUGUUUCCUCACUUGCCAAUACAGGAAUGUCAUUCAGCAGGAUGGAUGAGAAAGAAAAGCAGCAGGCAUUGGAGGAGGAACAAGUUAGACUGCAGGCCCUGAAGGAGCAGCGAUUAAGAGAGAUUUCUGUGGUAUCAAAUUCCACUUCCACAUCAGCAUCCCCAAGCACUUUAUCAGGAAAAAGUGUGAAUACCACUGUAGCUGUUGACCUCUUUGCUGCACCAGCACCCACAACAAAUAGCAUGCCCAACCUUUCUAGUGAUCUUUUUGAUCUUCAGCCUGCAUUUGUUCCAACUGUGCAGAGUACUCCAGCUAUAUCAACAUCAGCAAGCAGUGCUUGGGGAGGUCCUUUCUCGUCUUCAAAUGGUUGUCUUGGUUCUCCACCUCAUCUGGACAUCUUUGACAUGAAGCCAGUUGAAGAAGCUGUAAAAUCUGCCACCCCUUUCAUCAAUUCUUCUUUUUCUUCCAAACAAACGGUGGAACUAUUUAGUGAUGACUUUAGUGGUCAUAAACCUACAUAUGCUUCUGUGUAUCAUCCUCUGACUGUUGAUGGUUUCCCUCUUCAUUCAGCUCCUCCAAGUACCACCUCUUCAACAAUUAAUGUGGACUUUGAUGCUGUUUUUGGAGCAAAAUCUUCAGCACCAGAGUACAGGACUGCAAGUGAUGAUGUGUUGCAACCCACAGUACCACCACAAAGUCAAAGAGCCACUGUAGCCAGCCAGCAAAGUGGAAAAAUUUUGGCAAAUGACCUCGAUUCUUCACUUGCUAAUCUAGUGGGAAAUCUUGGCUUUGGAGGAACUCCAUCCAAAAAGUCAGACAUGCAGUGGUCCCAGCCUACAGAGAAAAAACUUACUGGUGGAACUAACUGGCAAGCAAAAACAAGCACAUCAACCACAUGGAACCCGACUCCCCUACCCACCAUUCCACACAUGAAUGGAGUACACUAUCCUGGAUAUGUACCUGCUCCUAUCACAUACCCAUUGACCACACCUCAAGUGCCUGUAUAUGGAAUGGUACCUCCUCAGGUUGGAGCUGCUCCUUUGAUGGCACCCCAGUCAAUGAUGUAUACACAGCCUGGUCUAAGGCCAACAAAUCCUUUUGCACCUGUUUCUGAAACUCAGAUACAGUUUAUGUAGAGCCACCAAAGCAACAAGAUGUGAGAACAACCAAAUACUGCAGAAAACUGUAUUUUUGAGGUUGACUCAGAAGGUGCAAGCUGGAUUAUCAUCUUCAAAGCCGAAGAGAAGGUUACAUGAUUGCUCUACAACCUUAAUCAUCAGUGGAUGACCUUGGGAAUUGACUGAGGAUGUCAAAGCUAUUUAUUUUCUCCAUAAAUUCUGUGGCUGUUGUAACCAAGACACAACACAAAUCAAGUUGAGCAAUAAAAUUUUUAUGUGCUCUAAUAAAUACUCCGACAGAGCAAUGCUUACAUUAUCAUAAGGCCAAUGUUGUGUGAAAUCAGACAGCUUUUUCACAUUAGAAUAGCUUAUAGUAAUUUGCAAACUUUAUAAUGUGAGUUUGAAAUGCUGUGAAUCAACAAGACACAUACUUAUUACAUAUAUAUAUAUAUAUAGUAAAAAUAACAAAUUGCUCCAUUGAUAUAUCAGUGUUACAGGGGAGUUAAAAGAGCCGGGCUCUGAUGUGGGCUGCAAGUCUGUGAUGGAGGAGGGGAGACAAGUGUGUGACAGAACAGCACGUGCAGCCUGCAACAGGAGCUGCACUUCCAUCAGGUACCUUCUCUGCAGGUGGCAUCUUUCAUCCUUCAAGGAAGAGUAGCUUUGGGAGCCAGUGCCUGUAGGUGUCCCCAGCCUCAGCACACGGGAGCAAUCUCAAAAUCCUGUUGCCAACUGCAAUCGAGACAAGAGAUCCAGUUCUUCUUUCUAAAGUCCAUUAGGUCAAAAGACUCAAACCUUGCAGUCGUGCUGACACUUGUGAACUGGCAACUGGGAAUUAUCCAGCUGUAGAGAAUAGCUUGUGCUGCUUUUUUGAAAUAAGAACCUAGUUGUAAACCAUAUAAAGGUAAUUAUUUUUAAAUGUGUAAAUAUGUGCAAACUUUUAGAUAAUCGUUUCUUUGAUGCUGCAGUAAUCUUUUUCUUCUGUAGUAAUUUCAAGGUUCAAAUGCUACGUUAAGAAAUCCAGACUCUUUUUGAGAGGAAAAUCUUUUAAAUCAACUAAUUUAUGAGGUAUUGCUGUUCACAAUGGGUCAGAUGUGUACAGACUUCUGGCACAUCUUUUGUAUUAAGGAAUCUUCCUCCAGAACUGAAAUUGGCUAUGAAAAUGCCUUAUCUUGUAUUUUUCACUGUCUGAUAAAAAGCGAUAGCAUUAAAAAAAUCCAAUAGUUCUAAUAAGUAGAUGGAACUGGGAACAACCUUUCCUCCAGAAGUUUCAUGGCAGAACACAAUGAAAAGCUCUCCCAUAAAAUUACUUCUAAUGAUUAAUAUUAAAGCUGACUUUUCAAAAAAUGAGUAGUUUUCUAUUGUUACAGUAAAUAGACCUCCAGAGUAGUAAGUCUUUUAUCUUUUGGAGAGUCUGUAAUUGCAGAAAUGCCUCUGACUCUGACCACAAAUGCAGGUAGGCCUGAGAAUCUUGUCUAACUCUCUGGUAGAGAACUUCUAAAUUACAGCAUAUUCCUCAAAGUGGGAACAUGCCUUCUCUUUUUCCCAAUGCUUAAUUCUGUCCAAAGAGUGCAAAAGCAGUAUCUCUUAACCCUAUGGAAGUAUUUUUGCCAAAUGAAAUAACAUAAAAUAAGCAAAAUAAAACUCCACUCCCCAACCCUUGGAAUCUGUAACUGCUGAUUUCUUGGGAAAUGUAACCUUGCAGAAAUUUAAAACUCAAGAGUUCCUUGAUUUUAAAAGAAUUUGGACCAGUAUAUGGCAAUUUAAUGUUCAAGUUUGAAUUACAAAGGGCUUCAAGCUUUAAACCACCUUUGCUGGGUUGAACAACUGUACCAUUUUAAGCCAAUGAGUUCUUCAGUGCCUAUAGUUGCCCUCCACAUGACGAGGGAAUAGAUGCCAUUUAGAGUAAGUCAUUGUGUUGAGGGGACUGUUCAUUUAGGAAGUAAUUGAAUUCUAUUGAUUUAUGCAGCAAUGCAAAGUCUUGUGUUCAAAUUAGACCAGUACAUGUAGUUAUAAAUGUCUGGGCAUUAGUGACAGAGGUGAGAGUGCUACAAGCAGGCAGUUCCAUGCACUGUAAGCUGUUAGGUCUCCUUCUCAUACUGAGUUGUAUAAGUAAUAAUUAAUUAUUUUAAUAAAAUAUGCAAAUAAAUGCCUGGCAAGCAGUAUAUAUUUGUUAUAACUUUAUUGCAGAGCAUUCUGAAUAUCUAGAAUGUACUUGGCUCAGAAAUGGAUAUAGUACUAGGUAAUAGUUUGCACUACUUCUGAUUUGCUCUGGAUCUUUUUACUGGUUCUUUGGUUAGCUUUCUUGUAGCAAAGCUGUCUGAUACCAAUUUAUUUAGUAUUAAAAAAGGAGAAACAGCCACAAAGUACAUUCUGAAAACUUUAUAACCUACCUUCUUUUUAGUCUCCUUCACAGUGUUUGAUACUUUGAAACACAGCAUUCAGUUUGAUCCCUGUGAAGGAAAGGUUGCUUCUCUCUGCACACGAGUGCACAGGACUGGGUUUUGCCAACCUCUUCCUCGUGCAUGUAUUGGAAUGCAUAAAAUGGCAGAGUGUAUGUUUCAAUAACAUAAUUCAUACAUAAGAAGUGAAAACCAAGGACUUGGGAUGCUGUCAAGGCUUUUAUGGCUCAGAAAAAAACCACCCAACACUUUGAAGACCAAGGUUGUUCUUGAGGGGUGACUGUAACAGGCCAAGGAGCUGCAAAUAGAAGUUAUGAUGAGUAAAACGAUGAAGAGAGAUGUAUAGAAAUGUGACUUUUCUUUGUUUGGUCAGAAUCACAUUGUGAACACUUCAAAAAGCAGGUAACUAAGAUGUCUGCCUGAACAAGGAGGAAGACUCAAAGUACUCCAUGGGCUUUGCAUUAUUGUGCUGUAGUGGGUCAUUUGAGCCACACUGGUGGGAGCUGGUGCUGCUACAGACAGGCUGUCCAUCAUGGGAUGCAACACAGGGUAACUUCUGGGGCAAUUGGGAAAGGUGGAUUGUGUGAGGCCUGUUGGACUUGAACAUGUAUCUCCUUUUAAAUAACUGGGGUUUUCUAAUGUUCUCUAGAUAUAGUUUGACUUUGCCUCCAAGAAGUUACUGAUUUUUUUUUUUUAUAAAAAAUAAUAAUUUUGGACAUGUGUACUAGAGAAAUCUCAGUUCUGUGCCCAGUGGUGGAAUAUUUGUAGGUAAAAAUAACAAAUGGACUUUGGGUUUAGAAAAAACAACAACAACAACAACCAACAGCAAAAACCACACAUACAAAAGUAACAACAACAAAACUUCUGACUGCCAGAUUGAAUACAGGGUGUAUCCCCAGCUGGGUUUUUUGAUGUGUGGCAGGGAGGGGGAGGGGUUUACAAUUAGAAUAGUAAUGCACUGUGGAUCGGUGCUUAAUUUGUACAUAAAAAGGAAAACUUUUUGUUUUGGGUAGUUUGUAUUGUAAGGACAGCAUCUAAAGGCACUGUGUAUCAGUCAUCUAUUUCCAUUUAAAAGAUUAUAUUUUUGAGCAAUGGAAACUGUACAUGUUAUCAUUUAUACAUUACUGAUAGGUAGGAAUAGAGAAAACCUGUUGCUAUGACUCUGAAGAUGUAUCUGACUUGUCAUUGAUCUGUACAUUGCUGCAUCACUACCUUAUACAGAUUCUCAUGCUCAUUUAUUUAAGGAGAUUGUAGUAACUGGUACAGUUACAACAGGAAUUGUAACGUCAAAACUUUCAGUAUAUCUCAAAUGUGUAUCCUUGUAGUUAAGUUUAAUCCUUUACCAAAUGUUUGGCUGGAAUUUCAUCUUGGAGCAAUGACACAAUCGGUGCUGGAACAGAUUUCCCUCACCCCAACCCACACUUUAUUUAUUUGAUAGGUCUUGUUUUGUAUGUUAUGUUUUCCCCCAUGACAGGUUUGUGCCUUUUAUUGGAUAUUUAUUUAAAAGGAGCGAUAAUUUAGGUUGCUUUUUUUCAGAUGUAUUCUUGUACAGCUGUUCCUUUAUGUGAGUUCCUUCGUUUUAUAAGAAUACAGAAUGUGUGGAAUAUACUAGCCACAAACUGGAAAAAAAUUUUGAGGGUUUAUGUUCUAUGAAUAAUUUUUUUAAAAAGAAGCCUAAGCACAAGACUGGCUGUGUUGAUAUUUUAAUUGUGGAACUUCACAAUUUGUUAAUACGUAAAUUGUUUGUUUUUUAAAAACUGCUCAUAUCCAAUUAUUUGAUGAAACAAGUUUUGGAAAAAAAUAAACUUUGGCACAUGCAA